AUGAAGCGACCUUAUCAGGCCAAGCACCAGUACCGCUCAAACCCACUUCACCUUGCACUCUCUUCACCUCGAAGCCCUUACAACAUGGUUGUUGCCGCUGAUGAUACCCCUGGCAAAGGAAAUCCAAAGGGGAAACAAUACACCCGUAGCCGAACGGGGUGUCUGACAUGCAGACAGCGCCAUCAGAAAUGUGAUGAGACACGUCCCAUCUGUGGGAACUGUUUGGUAGUUCAACGCCAAUGCGAAUAUCCUACCGCAGUCCUACCACUUCGAGAGCGCAGAAAGAAAUGCCUCCCGGGUGAGCAGCAACCGUGGACCAAUGCGGUAACAAUUUCCAGGGCUAUUGGGCCUUGUACAUCUGUUGCGACCCGGCCAAUAAGCAUGGCUUACAGGUCUGACGCUCUGUUUCACUACUUUUAUGACCUGGAAGACCCGUUUGACAUUGCCCCCAAAGAGAGGCGACAGAGCUUGUUAUCAUCCACCAUGCAUAGCAGCGACACACUGCGCAAUACUAUGCUUAUAGCUGGACUACAUUUUGCUUGGAAUACAGGCCAGCUGCAGUCUUUUGAACCUACUUUCUUGUUUCACAAGAUUGAGGCCAUGAAUAGCGUGAACAAAUUCCUUCGGAACUCUCGUAUAAAGUACACCGUUUGUGUUAGAAAUAUCGCGACUUUGUGCUUCACAGAGUGUGCGAUGGGAAACAUCAUUGCUAGUGAGACACAUUUGGAUGGUCUAAUGAGGUUUAUGGACCUUCACAGACCACCGCACAAGGCUACACUGGCAGAGUCUGAUCUCGAUGACGAGUUGGCGAAUCGAUAUGUUCUAUUCUCAUACAACUUUAUUCACGGCUUCAAAAGCAGAGUAGAAGAUGUUCUUAUCAACGGCAGUGUCACAAAGACAAGCCAGACGCCAUCGCCCGCUCUUGUGGAAAAGCUCAUGCACGAAUGGCACAAACACGAAGUACAAGGUCUAAAUAUUAGACUAAAGUCAUUAAAGAUGAUUCCUUUCUUCUUCUCCGAACUGCCUCCAAAUACAAAGUUUGUUGAUAUCGAUGGUACAGCCAUGGUAGAAUGUCUGGCUACGUUGACCGCCACUGCUCAACUCAGGACGCAGGGGAUGGACUUUGAUGACCAACAAAUGAUAUGGCAGGAAGGUGCCGCAACUCGACUUAUGCUGGCUUUUGUUGGCUCGCAUAUCGAAUCCAUAUCGACCGAUGGCAGGAAAGGAUCAGUACCGAAUGGUUCUCCAAUGGCUUCAUCAUGGUCUGGUAUGGCUGCAGCAACGGGUCUCUACCUUCAUACAGUACUUCGAUUAUGGAACGCUGGUGAACCGAUAGAGCCACGCCUUCACCGCCCGAUCUUUGGUUCUGGAAGGCCUUUGUUGGCGCGAUGA